CACUGAAAGCGGAGAGAGCGAAUGCGGUCCUGGGACCCAGGCACGUUCCCGGUGCGGCGAGCUGACACGCAGAGACGCCUGUUCCUGUGGUCGUGGAGCUGGUGGGGUUGAGUUGUUUGUUUACACUGGACGUCUCGGUGGCGAAGUUUCGCUCCAGAGCCUGUUCAGGGAGCUCACUCGUGUGAAUGGUCUCACGAUAAUCUGUGUAGUCGUCAGUGAGCAGUGACUGGCGGCAGCAGUGUUUGAGGCCUGGCUGUUUGCUUAGACCAAGUGCUUGCAACGGUCAGGCUGGGUUUUUUGAAUUCAGGACUUCUGGAGGUGUCCCAGCGUUCAGUGUCUGGCGGGUCUUCAUUCUAUACCAGUCCUUCCCCUAGGAUGGAACAUGGUGUAAAGUCUGAGUCAUCACUAGCAUUUACAUGUGAUUGAAGCCUGGACAGCUCGGAAAAUAAUUCUUAAGGUAUGGAUGAGAAAGGUGACCUGAGCCAUGAGGAAGCCCCCAAGGUCAUCAAACCCACCAGUAAAGAGUUUAGGAAAACGUGGGGGUUUCGAAGGACCACCAUUGCUAAACGGGAGGGCGCUGGGGACACGGAGUUAGACUCUGUGGAUCAGCAGCCCCAGCAGCAGCAGAGCCUUUCCUUGCGACGCAGUGGGCGGCAGCCAAAGCGGACUGAGAGGGUGGAGGAGUUUCUCACAACAGUCCGGCGCAGAGGGAGGAAGACAGUGCCUAUCUCCCCUGAGGACCCCAGUGAGUCAACCUCUUGCCCAGUCACAGAUGUCGAAACCGCUUCUGAGGGGAGCGUCGAGAGCUCCUCUGACAGUAAAAGUGGGCCCAAGGUUGGCCCCACAGGCAGUAAGGGACGACCAGCCUCAUCUGCAAAGACCAAAGGAGAUGAUGGUGAGGAUGACACCUCCGAUAGUGAUAGCGAUGGGUUGACCUUGAAAGAACUUCAGAAUCGCCUACGAAGAAAGCGUGAACAGGAGCCAGCUGAUAGGGCCCUGAGAGGAGUCCAGAGUCGCCUGAGAAAGAAGCGUCGGGAAGAGGGCCCAGCAGAAGCUGUGGACGUGGAGGUGGCCGAUGCCAUGGAGAGCUCCCCACCCGGCCAGCAAGAGCCGGCAGAUGAACAGGCAGCUAGCAGUGACAGAGAGGGGAAGUCAGAAGGGCGGACGACCCCAGGAGUCAAAGAGGAGGAUCCUGGAAGCUCAGUCAAGCACAAGCCUGAGUGUGAGGUGUACGACCCCAAUGCUCUGUAUUGUAUAUGUCGUCAGCCUCACAACAACAGGUUUAUGAUUUGCUGUGACCGAUGUGAAGAAUGGUUUCAUGGCGAUUGUGUGGGCAUUUCUGAGGCUCGUGGAAGGCUCCUGGAGAGGAACGGGGAAGAUUACAUCUGCCCCAACUGCACCAUUCUGCAGGUGCAGGACGAGCCUAACUCAGAAACCACCGACCAGCAGGAAGCGAGGCUGCGACCUGCAGACGCUGACAGCACUGACUGUACAAGUAUCGGGACCAUAGAGCAGAAAUCCAGUGAAGACCAAGGAAUAAAGGGGAGAAUUGAGAAGGCUGCAAAUCCAAGUGGCAAGAAAAAACUCAAGAUAUUCCAGCCUGUCACAGAGUCUCCUGCUGCCGCAAAGUGUAUUGGGCCUGGGUGCUCUAGCGUGGCGCAGCCCGACUCUGUCUACUGCAGCAGUGACUGCAUUCUGAAACAUGCUGCUGCCACCAUGAAGUUCCUGAGUGCAGGGAAGGAGCCAAAACAAAAACCCAAAGAAAAGACCAAGACCAAGACGAAGCCAGAAACGCUCGUUCUUCCCAGAUGUAGUGUUGAGGCAGGCAUUAAAGUCUCUUCUGUGCCCAAGAGACCCGCUCCAGACAAGAAAGAGAAUGCCAUGAAGAAGGCAGUGGUGGCCCCUGCUCGGACUGAGGUCCUUGUGAAGGAAACGACUUGCGAGAGCAGCACGCCGUCCUGGGCGAGCGACCACAAUUACAAUGCAGUAAAGCCAGAACAGACUGCUGCCCUGUGGCCGUCACUGUUGUAUAAAUCCAUGAAGGAAGACCGGCAAGUGGAGAACACGGCAGCUGCGAUGCCGAAGAAAGUGGCUGCUCAGGGCCCUGCUGUGGGCAGCAGGCAGCCUGCAGCCCGGAGUCUCCUUCCAAAGAAGUCCCCUCCUUUCACAAAUGUGACCAAGCCAGUCAUCAGGAAGUUGCCUUCAGGCUUCAAGGGCACUAUACCCAAGAGGCCGUGGCCCUCGGCUGCCCCCUCGGGCAGUGUUCCUGCCACCAAACAGGCAGGGCUGGUGCCUGGUGCCACCACAUCUACUUCCAAAAAGCUGCCAGGCUCCUCUGCCCCUGGGGGAGCUGCCAGGAAGCCCAUGGUGACAUCUGUCCCCUUGGCCUCUCCAGCCCCAGGACGCCUGGGGGCCUCAAGCACCACCCCAUCACAGCCAAAUUCUCAGAUUCGGCAAAAUAUAAGGCGCUCCUUGAAGGAGAUUUUGUGGAAAAGAGCCAGUGACAGUGAUGACCUCAUGAUGACAGAGAGCGAGGUCGGGAAGGUUGCACUCCACAUUGAGAAAGAGAUGUUCAACCUCUUCCACGUCACUGACAAUCGCUACAAGAGCAAGUACCGCAGCAUCAUGUUCAACCUCAAGGACCCCAAGAACCAGGGUCUCUUCCACCGUGUUCUGCGUGAAGAAAUCUCUUUGGCCAAACUUGUGAGAAUGAAGCCAGAAGAACUUGUGUCUAAAGAGCUUUCCACAUGGAAAGAGAGGCCGACAAAACCUGUGAUGGAGUCCAGGGCAAGAUUGCACCAGGAAAGUAAAAAGACAGCCAUCAGGCAGGAGGCCAUUCCCGACAUGGAAGACUCCCCCCCAGUGUCGGACUCGGAUGAACAGGAGUCAGUACGUGCUGUGCCCGAGAAAAACGCUGCACCCGCUCUGGACCUCUUCAGCAGCAUGUUAAAGGACACGACGGGCCAGCACCGCGCCCACCUCUUCGACCUGAACUGCAAGAUUUGUACAGGUCAGGUUCCAUCAUCAGAAGAUGAACCGGCUCCAAAAAGACAAAAAUUGUCAGCUCCUGCUAAGAAAGAAGAGUCCAAAUCCAAGCACGACAGCUCUGCCUGUGAGCCAGCUCUUAGCUCAGCGGGUGAGGCAGUGCCAGAAAGUCUCCCUGAAAACACCUCUGAGCCAGACCCAGAGAGUGCGUCCCAGACUCUCUUGGAAAGGAGGUACUUAUCCGAGGCUCCAGGAGACGGCCCGCCUGAGCCCUGUGCCCCGGAAGGGCCUUCUUGCCCAGCCUCCUGUGGGGGCACCGUGCUCACCACUGUCACCAUGUCUGGCCGAGACCCCAGGACCGCACAAAGCGCAGCAAGCACAGUCAUGACUCCUGCCGCAGCCCUCCCAGGCAGCACCCACCUGGCAGAGCCAUCACAAGAAGUCCUAAAGCCUGCUGCGACCGCGGUGCUGGUGCCCAAGUCCAUACUAGCCAAGCCGUCCUCAUCCCCCGAGCCCAGAUACCUGCUGUCGGUCCCGCCGUCCCCAGGCAUCAGCACUGCGGCGUCUCGGUCCCCUCCAGAAGGAGAUACGACCCUCUUUCUGUCUCGACUCAGCACCAUAUGGAAAGGAUUUAUUAACAUGCAGAGUGUAGCAAAGUUUGUCACUAAGGCUUACCCCGUCUCUGGAUGUUUUGAUUAUCUCAGUGAGGACCUGCCCGACACUAUUCACAUUGGUGGACGGAUCGCACCCAGGACUGUGUGGGACUAUGUCGGCAAACUCAAAUCCUCUGUGUCUAAGGAGCUGUGUCUGAUCCGCUUCCAUCCCGCCACGGAGGAGGAGGAGGUGGCCUAUAUAUCUCUCUACUCCUAUUUUAGCAGCCGCGGCCGCUUUGGCGUUGUUGCUAACAAUAGUAGGCACAUCAAGGACCUCUACCUGAUCCCACUGAGCUCUGAGGACCCUGUUCCAUCCAAGCUUUUGCCCUUUGAGGGACCAGGUCUUGAGUCACCACGGCCAAACAUAAUCCUUGGGUUAGUAAUCUGUCAAAAAAUAAAACGUCCUUCAAAUGCUGGAGACUUAGACAAGACAGAGGAGAAGCGGGCCCGACUGCAGACACCGGAGGAGACAGACAUGGCGGUCUACCCCAAAGUGCCUCCGGCCUCACAGGCUGAGAAGAAACCCCCCAAAUAUCAGCACAGCUCUGGGGACACAGCUGUCAGCACCACCCCCCCGGGGUCUCCCCCACCCCCGCCCCCUCUGCCAGAACCGCCAGCUUCGUCCUCGGUGCUGAAAAUACUGUCCUCCCUCAAGCCAGGAGCCACCAACACCGUCACCGUGCCAACAGCACCAGCAGCAGUCACGGGGGCUGCUUCCUCUGCCUCAAAAUCAGCUUCGCCGCUGGAACACAUCCUGCAGACUCUGUUUGGGAAGAAGAAAUCAUUUGACCCUCUGGCCGUGGAGUCUGUGGAGUCGGCCUCCACCUCCCGCCCAGACACCAAGGCCAAGGCUGAGUGCGAGCUGCCGGCAGUGCCUCUGCUGGACCCCAUCGUCCAGCAGUUUGGUCAGCUCUCCAAAGAGAAAGUUCUAGAGGAAGAGGAAGACGACAGACCCUAUGACCCUGAAGAAGAGUAUGGUCCUGACAGGGCCUUCGAGACACAGCUCGGGGACCGAGGGAAACGGCACGACAUGGAAAAGGCCUCUGAGACCACUGAGCGGGAGGAGGUGGCCUAUGACCCAGAGGACGAGACGAUUUUAGAAGAAGCCAAAGUGGCCAUCGACGACCUGCCCAACAGGAUGUGCGCAGACGUCAGGAGCUCGACGGAGAGGCCGGCGGGGUUCGCAGCCGACAUGGCUGCUCCCUCUCUGGUGGAGCAGCAGCAGAUGAUAGAGGAACUUAACAAGCAGAUUGAGGAGCAGAAGAGACAAGUGGAGGAGCAGGAGGAGGCUCUCAGGCAGCAGCGGGCCGCCGUUGGGGUCUCCAUGGCCCACUUCUCAGUGUCGGAUGCGCUGAUGUCGCCGCCUCCAAAGUCCUCACUGCCCAAGGCCGAGCUCUUCCCCCAAGAGCAGCAGGCUGCCGGCAGGCCAGCCGGGCCCCCCACCAGUCAGGGGCCAGGCCCUGGCUCUGACCCAAGACAGAGUCGGGACCCCCGGCAGGCCCGGCGGCUGGCCGCGGAGAGCAAUGAGAGCGAGAGCUUCUCGAAGGCCCCGGCCAGCAGCAUACCCAGUGCCCUGCCCACCAGAGAAGCACCCAGCGGGGUGGCCACUACUAGUCAGGGGCCUGUACCUGCCCCAGAGGAAAAGGAGCCCACCCCUCCGCCCUGGGCUCCAGGUGAUGGGGCCACCCUGCCAGCCAAGCAGGAUGGCCCCACAGGUGAGCCCUCAGAAAGCCAGGGCCCGCCGGCCACCGACAGCAGCCCUCCCAUGACAGGCGGGCCAGGCCUGGCGCGGCCCGCCCGAAAGGUGCUGCUGCCCACGCCGCCCAGCACCGCCUUCCAGCCCAACUUCUCUAUGCCAGGUGAGGGGCACAAUUUCAGUUCUGCAGGAAGAGACCCAUUUUCAAGCCCAGUGUUUGCGUCUCAGGACAAAUCCUUCGGCUCGUCUCCAUAUGAGGAUCCAAGAAAUGCCCUGUUUGCUGAAAAAAGUGACCGUUCGGCUGUUGAAACUGAAGGAGACAGAGACCCACAGUGCAGACCUGGAGAGGGGGCCAACCCAUUCCCGCCCCCUGGACAGAAAGGGACCCCUCUGCCCCAGUUACAGGGCCAGCGUGAGCCUGCUCCCCACACUUUCGGAACAUUGGGACUUCAUGGCCCGAGCUUCCCAGGACCGCGGGGACCAGUGGCUCCGUUUUCAGAAGACGGUGUCAUUUCUAACAACGAUGGAGCAAGAGGGCCUCCGCCGGCCAGAUUUGGAGCUCAGAAGGGGCCCAUCCCUUCCUUAUUCUCAGGGCCACAUGGGCCACCUCCCUACGGGGACAACAGGGGCCCAUCACCCUCUCACCCUGGUGGGCCCAGAGGAUCAGCACCACCCCAAUUUGAAGAACGCAAGGAUCUGCACGGGGAAAAAAGGGAAUUCCAGGACGCCCCAUACAAUGACAUGGCUGGGCCUCCUGCCCAGUUUGAAGGACCAGAACAAGGCCCGUUGGUGGGAAGCAGAGGCGCAGGCCCCUUCCAGUUUGGAGGCCCACGGAGGCCUCUGCUGGCCCCGUUUAAAGGGCCCCGAGGAGGCCCACCUCCGUCUCAGUUUGGGGGUCAGAGGGGACCACCCCCUGGCCAUUUUGUGGGUCCAAGAGGUCCGCAUUCUAGUCAAUUUGAAAGCACCCGGGGCCCCCAUCCCAAUCAGUUUGAUGGGCCCAGAGGUCAAGCCCCAAAUUUCAUGCCAGGACCCAGGGGAAUUCAGCCUCAGCAGUUUGAAGAGCAAAGGGUGAACUCACCACCCAGAUUUUCGAAUCAGAGGGCCCCAGCACCCCUUCAGUUCAGUGGGCCAAGGGGUUCUGUGCCUUUCCCUGACAAGAGUGAGCCUGCCCCUCCCCGGUUCCACUUCCAGGGCCAGUCCCCUCAAGUGAUGAAGCCGGUGCCCAGACCCCUGCUGGAGUUGCCCAGCCACCCACCCCAGCACCGCAAGGACCGGUGGGACGAGACAGGCUCAGCCCCCAACCUGCCCUCGGGGGCUCCCGGACCAGCCCCCGAGGCCGAGGCGCAGUGGGCCCCAUCCAAAGGCCCGGAGUACAGAAACCAGCCCAGGCCCAAAGAGAAGCUGCUGGACGAACCUGAGGGCCAGCCUGAGAGCCGGCAAGGCCGCACCUUCGAGGACCGACGGCGGGAGCGGGAGCACGAGCACGGGAAGCCCUGGGAGCGGGAGCGCAGCAGGAACUGGAGCCGGGAGCGGGACUGGGACCGGGGUAGGGAAUGGGACAGACACCGUGAGAAGGACUCCGGCCGAGAGCGCAAUGCAAACAGAGACCGGGAGCGGGAGUGGGACCGGAGCCGGGAGCGCAGCCGGAACAGGGACCGGGACAGGGACCGAGACCGGGACCGGAGGCGGGACAGGGAUAGGUCUCGCAGUAGAGACCGGGACCGUGACAAGGGCCGGGAGCAUGAGCGAGGCGGAGACCGCAAGGACCGCAGCAAAAGCAAGGAAAGCACUCGGGACCCAAAGGCUGAGGCCCUGGCCCCGCGGGCCACCGACCCCGCUGCCCACACCUAGGCCUGGUCGCAGCUGGGCACUUCCUUUUAAAAGCCAAGUUCAUAAAAUGUGUUGAACAAAUUGUUUUUGAAAUAGCUAUGAACGUAGAUGAAGAAUAGAAUAUUCUGGACUUCAAAAAUUACUGUAAUUUUGUGUAUGAUGGUUUCCUACAAAAUUUCAUGUCUUUAUAAUUCUGAUGCUUUUUUAAAGAAAUGUAAGAACUCUUAAUUUUUCCAUUUAAAAUUACUGAAAUGGGAAAGUGUCUACAGAAGCAUAUUGCUUUUUCAGAUUAUAAAGUUAUCUUUUCCAAUAACUUGACUGACUAUGGUAAAUUUUAAGGGAAUUCUGUGGACCUCAGAGCCAUACCUUUGCUGACACCUCGUCUGUAUUUCUAGGUUUCCAAAAGCUGUUUCUGCAGGUUUCGCCGGCUCUGGAGGGUGGUGUGCUUCGUGGGAGCGCCCUCGGCGGGCCGCGUGUGCGCACCAGAGCCGUGCUGUGAGCCCUCUGAAAUGGAGAAACACAAACUUCCGAAUGCGGUUUCCUUUUUUCCUAAAGAGAUUUGAUUAGAAAUUUCAACCAGGAAACAAUACAUUGUUUCUUAGUUGUGCUCAGUUUUUUAUAUAUCACCUCAUACAUUUUCUUUUUUUCAAAAACAUUAUUAAAAGCAACAUCUGUUUGAGUACAAAUGGUUGCAUUUUAAAUAACAAUUUAUUGGAAAAGGUUUCGAUUUUACCAGCCUAAAGGUAAGAAAAUAUACCAAUUAAGUGUACUUUGGAGGGGGGUUUCUUUUAUCUCAGUAAUCAGGAACAUUUUGUUUGUUGAACUUCACCUUCUGCACAGUUCUUCCUUCGUCCCAGGAAAAGUGCACUAGCUCUAAACCGUUAUAUUUGUCAGGGGGUAAAUUUUAAAGUUUGUCUUUGAAAACAAAACAAUAUUUGUAUAAACUCUGAGAUGGAAAAUAGUGAUAUUAGUUCAAGAACGAGCAAGUAGAAAGCAUCCACUGUGAGAUAGUGCGCUGCUUCUUGCUAUGUAUUUUUCAAGUUCUGAGGUGUGAGAAAGAGAAAACCUUGCUAAUUUAUUUGACUGUACAAAUACACUUUGAUAAUUUUUUUAUAUUUUCAUAAACUUACUUUUGCAAAUGUAAAA